AUCGGACUUCGCGUCUCCUGAUGGGAAUAAAUUGCGUGUCAAACUCGGAGCUCAGCUCGUCUCUGUCCUUCGGAAUUUGCCAGAGAGAGUCAGAAAACAAUAACACACUGCAACUUCAAGAGAGAGUUCCAAUGGCGACGCAGGAGAAGCAGGUGAUGAUUGUGGCGAUCGAUGAAAGCGAACACAGCAUGUACGCGCUGGAAUGGACGCUGGAUCACUUCUUCUCUCCUUUGGCUCCGAAUCCUCUUUUCAAGCUCGUCAUUGUUCACGCCAAACCCCUUGCUACCUCCGUUGUCGGUCUCGCGGGCCCCGGAGCUGCCGAUGUUUUUCCGUAUGUGGAUGCGGAUUUGAAGAUGAUUGCCGCUAGAGUUGUUGAAAAGGCUAAAGAAUUUUGCCAGACCAAAUCGGUGAGUGAUGUGACAAUUCAAGUGAUUGAAGGUGAUGCUAGAAAUGUUCUCUGUGAUGCUGUAGAAAAACACCAUGCUUCAGUUCUUGUGGUGGGUAGCCAUGGUUACGGAGCUAUAAAAAGGGCGGUUCUUGGUAGUGUGAGUGACUACUGUGCUCAUCAUGCACAUUGCACUGUAAUGAUAGUGAAGAAGCCAAAGAUUAAACAUUAAACUAACCCACCUACACUGGGUUUUUACUUUACAGUCAUUUCAGUAAAAACCAGUUUCUAUGUAAUAACCAUGGCGGUGCUGCUGCCAUAUAUUUGCAGUUCAUAAUUGCUGUUUAACUAUUUGAUUAUACCUUGUUAGAGAAAUAA